AUGGCUUUUGGUUUGGCUAUUGCUUUUGUAGUGAUUGGGAUAUGCAUUUUGUGUCUUUUGGUAGCGAUCGUUGCGGCUAAUGCAUCCAGCAAACAAGAAGAUAAACAUGGUGAUGAGGAGACAGCAGAAGAUCAAACUCAAAGCAAUCAAGAUAUGGGAAAGCAGAAAAGAAACAAAGUUGUUAAUUUCAUGGUUCUUGGUGAAUGUAGUUUCUCCACCGGCACCGUCUUGUCUCCACGGCCACCACCGGCACCACCUCGUCUCCUCGGCCACCACCGUCAACACCUCUUCUCCUCGUGCAUAACAAGUUGCAUAAUGCCUAUCGAUAAAAGCUGGAUUGAUUCCCCACUUCAAUCACCUCACUACCAGGAAGGACUCAAGUCUUUUAUCGCGAUGUGUGAAAGAGUGCUCCCCAGCCAUAAUGAAGUUAGAUGUCCGUGUUCCAAAUGUAAAUGUUCCGGCUUAACAACCAUCACAAAAAUGAAACUCCAUUUGGGGCGUAUGGUUUUUUGGAAAGAUUACAUAAAGUGGGACUAUCACGGCGAAAAAUCUCGGCCUGCAGUUGUAGAAGUAGAUAAUGUUGUGCCACAGGAGGGUAUGGAAAACGUUAUUGAAGACAUUAGGGGGGAGCGCAUGGAAGAAGAUACAGACCGUAACCUGGAGAUGUCGGGUGGAGAAUCUAACGGUGUUGAUGACGAUUUUGAAGACAUAAUAAAGGAUGUUGAAUCUGAAUUAUAUCCUGGUUGUACUGAGUUUUCUUCACUUGACUUCUUAGCAAAGCUUAUGAAUCUAAAGGAGACGUCCCAUUGGACUAAUACUUCAUUUGAUGGUCUACUAAAGUUGUUUCAAGAAUCAAUGCCAAUAGGCAACAAGAUUCCCCCUACGCAUUAUGUAGUUAAGAAGAAAGUUAAGAAGAUUGGUUUGGAUUAUGAGAUGAUAGACGCGUGCGUAAAUGAUUGUGCUCUCUUCUGGAAAGAACACGAGUCGUUGAAAAAUUGUCCCGUUUGUUUGUAAUGAGAGUCGUUGGGUCGAUAAAGACACAAAAGGCACGAAGGUAGCUCGCAAGGUGUUACGAUACUUGAGUAUUGGUCUUCUUUGCAGCUGAAGCACAACUUAGAUGUAAUGCAUAUCGAGAAAAAUGUGUGCGACAGCUUGCUUGGUACUCUCUUAAUGAAUGAGAAGACCAAAGACACACCAAACGCACGAAACGACUUGCAAAAACUAAAUAUCCGGCCGACACAGUGGUUGAAACAAUCGGGUAGCAAGUUCUUAAGCCCCCACCCAAAGUACUCAUUCAAGUCCGAUGAUCGAAAGCUUUUCUGUGAAUUUAUAAAAACUACCAGAUGGGUUUGGAUCUAAUAUCAGCAAGAGGGUGACAGAUAACAAUUCUAACAUUACUGGGUUGAAAUCUCAUGACUGUCAUAUUCUCAUGCAACGUUUGAUACCGAUUGGGGUUAGAGGGCUUUUGACAAAAGAUACAUCUACACCAAUGGUAGACCUUUGUAUGUUUUUUAAGCAACUUUGUUCCAGAACACUAUCGGUUGAAGAUAUGAGGAAAGCAAAGGAUGACAUUCUUACCAUCCUAUGCAAGUUAGAGAUG